CAUUAGUUUAUCUAUCAGCUAAUUAGAAGCUAUGCAUUCAGCGACGACAGCAGCAGUCUCAUGUCUCUGCUCCUCUCCCAAAUGCUAGCGCUGCUGCUGCAGCUACCCGCAGUUGCAUCCACUGUGCCUGAUGGAAGAUGCCCAACGAAAUGCGGCGACGUGGAGAUCCCUUACCCAUUCGGCAUCGGCGCCUUCGGCUCUAACUGUUCCGGGGAAAGGGACCACUGUAUCUUCCACAAUACCGAAACUGGCAUCGGAGCAAACUGUUCCUUGGGAGGAGGUUUCAAUCUAACCUGCAACGCCAUCGAAAGUGGCCUCACGAAGCCUUUCUAUUACAAUCUCGAGGUCCUCAAUAUUUCGCUGGCGAUGGGCCAAGUGCGCAUGCUCAACUACAUAUCCUCAGCGUGCUACGAUCCGAAUUACAACAACGUCACUUACUCAGAAUGGCGGUUGGAUCUGGAAGGCACCCCGUAUAGGUUCUCUGAUCUCCACAACAAGUUCACCGCCAUCGGCUGCGAUACCCUCGCCUACAUCCUCGACUACCACGGGAGCAAUAUUAGCUACCAGAGUGGCUGUGUGUCCAUAUGCGAGGACGAAGGGAGCAUCGUCAAUGACUCCUGCUCCGGCAUGGGUUGCUGCCAGACUUCCAUACCCGAGAAUCUCCAAUACUACGAUGUCGUGUUUUCUAGGAGUUUCAACCGCUCGGAAAGAUGCAGCUACGCAGUCUUGUUGGAGGCCGAUCGGUUCCGGUUUCAGACAUCUUACAUCACCACGGACCAAUUGAUGCAUAUUAACGAAGACGGCAGGAUGCCGGUGGUCAUGGACUGGGCCAUCGGCAACGAGACGUGCGAGGAGGUCGCAAGUCACGACUCGAGCUCUUAUGCCUGCAUCAGCGAUAACAGCGUGUGCGUGGACUCCUCCAAUGGCCCUGGCUAUCUUUGCAGAUGUUCGCCGGGAUACCAAGGCAACCCUUACGUCUCCGACUCCGACGGAUGCCAAGACAUCAAUGAGUGCAAUCACCAAUCAAAUUCAUGCUCACAUGGCGCCAACUGCCAGAACCUGCCCGGUAAUUACAGUUGCGACUGCCCAGAAGGCACUCACGGUGACGCUUACAAUGGAACAUGCAACCCUGAUCAAAAAUUGCCCUUGGCAGUGAAGGUGGCUAUAGGUGGUUGCAGUGGUGUAAUCAUUUUGUUACUUUGCCUUAUGUGUCUCUAUAUAGUCUAUCAAAGGAGAAAACUAGAAGAGAUGAAAAGAAAAUAUUUCAAACAAUAUGGAGGUCAUGAAUUGGAGGAAAGGAUGAAGUUAGAAAAAAGCCUCAACAAAUUUAAAAUAUUUGGAAGCAAAGAAUUAGAGAAGGCAACCAAUCAUUUUGAUGACAAAAAUAUUGUUGGGAAAGGAGGAAAUGGAGUUGUGUAUAAAGGAGUUUUGGAAAACCAAGAUGUUGUUGCCAUAAAGAAACCUAAGUUUAUUAAUGAGGACUUGAAGAAACAAUUUGGAACAGAGGCACUUAUUUUAUCAAAUAUUAACCAUGUCAACAUAGUUAAACUCUUGGGUUGUUGUUUGGAGAUGGAGAUGCCCUUGUUGGUCUAUGAGUUUAUCCAAAAUGGAACAUUAUUUCAUUUACUUCAUGAAAAUGAGAACAGAACUACAACUUUCUUAGAUACUCGACUGCGGAUUGCUUAUGAAUCUGCUGAUGCUUUGGACUACUUGCACUCAAAAGCUUCACCUCAAAUCAUUCAUGGAGAUGUGAAAUCAUCUAACAUACUAUUAGAUGUGGAUAACACUGCAAAAAUUUCAGACUUUGGAGCUUCAAAGUUGGUUCCCAAGGGAAAGGAACAAUUUGCUACACUGUUGCAAUUCACUUACGGUUAUAUUGAUCCAGAGAGCCUAGUGACAUAUGAGUUGACCUAUAAAAGUGAUGUUUAUAGCUUUGGUGUGGUUCUCUUGGAGCUCUUUACCGGUAAGCAAGCUAUUAAUUUUGAAGAAUCUGAAGAACAAAGGAGUUUGGUGUCGACUUUUACUAUGUUGGAGAAUCAGAAUAGGGUUUCGGAGAUGUUAGACAAACAAGUGAAAUUGGAAGCUAAUAUAGAAUUUAUUCAAGAACUUACUAAACUUAUCAAACAAUGUUUAAAGUUGAAAGGAGAGGAUAGACCAACUAUGAAGGAAGUGGCCGAGGAGCUAAGUGAAUUAAGAGCUCUUAAUCAACACCCGUUCGUAGUACAACACAAUGUUGAAGAAAUGGAGAGCUUGCUCAGUGGGUUGCCAAAUGAUAAUCGUGCUAAUUUCAAUACAACAUUCAAUAUAGAGAGCAGACUCACAGGAUGGAGCAAUAUCCAAGAUUGGUUGUAACAUCAAGAAAGAGACAUGAGCUCAAGUUAUGUUGCUACUUGUGUGUUUGUUUGCCUACUUAUGUAAUCCUCUUAUAUGUUUUCUAGGUUCUAAUCCUUUGCAUUUGUAUGUUUAUUGUCUAGUUUUCUUAAUAAAUUAGUUUCA